UUCUAUGAUUAUUGUUUUUGCUGAUUGUGUGUGUCGGUGUGAUCUGAUAUCUGCAUGUAUUUGAGCUAGCUAUAAUUGUAAAUUAUUAGAAAUGGCUUUUUUACAGAAUCGUGGGGAUAUUGCUGCUCAUCGUGUGGAAUGGUUUGAACUUUUUGGACGGUUGGGUGUUACUGCUGCGAGUUAUCCGUUUGACUAUGUCAAAGUUUUGAUACAGAUAGGCCAUGAACCACUUCCUCCUAGACCGACUCGUACCCUCUUUGGAAGACCUGCCAUUGCUCUGCCCGGAGUUUUCACAUAUAUGAAACACAUCAGGAAAGUGGAUGGUUUCACUGGCCUGUACAGGGGUCUGAUCCCCAAACUCUGUACUAAUAUGAUCAGUGGAUUCACGUAUAGGAUCGUUUUGGAGAGGCUACCUUCCCUGGAGCCCGAGGAGCUUGCCGGAAAAAAUGACGAGGACUUGACCAGUGAACAGAGACUGACUCUGUACAUGCACGGUCUCAUUCGAGAGACUGCCGCACGAUGCGUGCAGAUCAUAGCCAGCCACCCAUUCCACAUUAUCACAAUACGAACAAUGGCCCAGUUUGUCGGCAGAGAAGAAACGUACGGUGGUAUUUUUGGCUCUUUGAAAGAAAUCUAUAAUCAAGAUGGCAUUUUAGGGUUUUUCUCUUGUCUCAUUCCAAGGAUGGUUGGAGAAAUUUUGACGUUUUGGUUUUGUAACACGGCAGCCUUUUUAAUCAACACAUAUGUAGUUGAAGAAGAGACUUUAAAGUCAUAUGUCAAACCAUUUAUGUCUUAUAUCGCUAGUACACUAUUUUAUCCAUUCAUAGUAACAUCUAAUGUUAUAAUAGUCAAUAAUUGUGGGUUGAAAGCAGGAAUACCUCCAAACAUGCCUAUCUAUUCCAGUUGGUCAGACUGCUGGUCACACCUCAGUGCAAUAGGCCAGCUGAAGCGUGGGUCCAGCAUUUUAUGGAGGUAUUACAGUGGUCCGUAUAUGGGCUCAACCUUACAAACUCAACCCAAGAGAGUGUAUGCCCAGGCUCUUGCAGAUAGACACUAUUAUUAAUUGAAUUUCCUCAUGAUGGGGCGCUGCAUUGGUGCAGGCGGCAUCCUUCCAGGGAAAAUAUAGUCAGGUCAUCAAAAACGAGGGCCAUCGGUUUGCAAAAGGACCGGCAACCUGUGCGACUUGGAUUAGAGGAGCACUUCUGAAUUCUGUUUUGUGGAUUUGAUUUUCGUACUUAGUUCCUUCUCUUGUUUCCUGAACUGUUGAUUGUACUGAGAUUGAAUUGCUUCAUUUGAUUAUAAUAAACCAUUGUUCAUUUGUUA